CGGGGGCGGCGGCGGUUGUUCAAUGGCCAUCGCACAGGGCCGAGAUUGAAAGGUGUCUAGAGAGGUGGUGCUAUGUGGAGGGAGCACUGCUAUUAAAGGCAAAGCACAGUCUGCUAGACAUCGGAGUCUCGCUGUGGAGGAGAGUCCAUCAUUCAACAAGAUGCCAGAGCUGCUCAAAAAAACAGCCUUUGCCAAGAAGCCAAAGACACAGGAGGCAGCAGAGGGCGCGACUGUGGUCUUUGAAGCGGAAACAGAGAAGUCUGACGCCAAAGUCAAAUGGCAGCGCAACGCACAGGACAUUGCCGGCAGCGACAAGUACGUCAUCACCGCCGAGGGAAACAAGCACUCCCUCACAGUGAAGGAUGUCACCCAGCAAGACGCAGACGUCUACGCCGUGAUUGCCGGGGGCUCAAAGGUCAAGUUUGAUUUGAAAGUCCUUCCCUGCCAAAGAGAAACUCCGUCUGAGGUUCCUGCUGAUGCACCAGGAGAGUCAAACGUGUCAGAAGAGCAGCGUCCUGCUGCAUCCACUCAUGCAUCCACAGAGGAGGAGUCGAAGGCCCACGAUGCCCCCUCGUCUGAGGAUGGACACCAUCCAGACACGAGACAGGACCUCACUGGGCUCUUCACAGAGAAACCUCAAAGUGGAGAAGUGGCUGUUGGUGGAAACAUUAUAUUCGUGGCUAAAGUCAAUGCUGAAUCUCUGCUAAAGAAACCAACAAUCAAAUGGUUCAAAGGGAAGUGGAUGGACCUCGCCAGCAAGUCUGGAAAACACCUGCAGCUGAAAGAGUCCUAUGACCGCAACACCAAGGUCCACACGUUUGAGAUGCACAUCCUGGCGGCCAAGGCUAACUUUGCUGGAGCUUACAGAUGUGAAGUUUUAUCCAAGGACAAAUUUGACAGCUGUAAUUUUCAGCUGACUGUGCAUGAGGUUUGUGCCACUGAAGGCUUUGACAUCAGAGCAGCUUUCAGACGCACUAGCACCGAUGGCAAAGAAGACUCCGGAGAACUGGACUUCAGCACGUUGUUAAGGAAGAGGUACAGUUUCGUAAAACCCUCGAAUCGAGCCGUGCAGGUCAACUCUGAACCCGAGUCGGACGUUUGGGAUCUUCUCAGCCACGCCCCGGCAUCGGAAUAUGAGAAGAUUGCUUUUCAGCACGGCAUUACAGACCUGAGGGGCAUGCUGAAAAGACUGAAGAAGAUGAAGACCGGGGAGAAGAAGAGCGCAGUUUUCCUCAAGAAGCUGGAUCCUGCCUACCAAGUGACAAAAGGACAUAAAAAGAAAUUAGCUAUUGAGGUGGCGAAUCCAGACGUUGAUGUUAAAUGGCUGAAGAAUGGACAAGAAAUCCAACCAACUGGAAGCAAGUACAUUUUUGAGAGUGUUGGGAACAUGCGCUACCUCACCAUCAACCACUGCUCGUUGGCUGACGAUGCAGCGUACUGCUGUGUGGUGGGACAGGAAAAAUGCACCACUGAACUUUUUGUUAAAGAGCCUCCUGUUCAGAUCGUGAAGAACCUGGAGGAUCAGAUGGUCAUGAAGGGGGAACGCGUGGAGCUCGAGUGCGAGGUCUCCGAGGAGGGAGCUAAUGUGAAAUGGGAGAAGGAUGGUGUGGAGCUAGCAAGAGAUGAAUCCUUCAAGUAUCGCUUCAAAAAAGAUGGCUGUAAGCAUGUUCUCAUUAUUAAUGAGGCCGCCAAAGAAGACUGUGGCCACUACAAGGUCAAAACUAACGGCGGCGAGUCGAUGGCUGAGCUCUUGGUGCAGGAGAAAGAGCUCGAGGUCUACCAGAGCAUUGCUGACCUUACAGUCAAGGCGAAGGACCAGGCGGUGUUCAAGUGUGAGGUUUCGGAUGAGAACGUGAGGGGAACUUGGUACAAAAAUGGAGUGGAUGUCAAGCCCAAUGCCAGGAUUAAUAUCACACACAUUGGCAGAAUCCACAAACUGACCAUUGAUAACGUCAAACCUGAGGAUGAAGGAGACUACACGUUCGUACCAGAUGGCUACGCUUUCAACCUUUCUGCCAAGCUUAAUUUCUUGGAGGUAAAGAUUGACUACGUACCACGUCAAGACCCUCCUAAGAUCCACCUGGAUUGUAUGGGCCAAACGGCUGAGUCUACCAUCGUGGUUGUGGCCGGCAAUAAAUUACGACUGGAUGUUCCUAUAACUGGUGACCCUGCUCCUACUGUAGUUUGGACCAAAGGAGGGAAGGUCAUCACAGAGGGAGAUGGCAGAGUCCAUGUUGAAACCACCAAAGGACAUUGCAUCUUUACUAUAGAAGGGGCUGAGAGGCAAGACGAAGGAAUGUAUUCAGUUGUGGUUCGCAAUCCUGCAGGGGAGGACACUGCAGACAUCAACGUGAAAGUCGUUGAUGUUCCAGAUCCUCCUCAGGCUCCCAGAGUUCUCAGUGUAGGAGAAGAUUCCUGUCUCAUCCAAUGGGAUCCCCCUCUCUUUGAUGGAGGACAGCCAAUUAUUGGCUACGUGUUGGAGCGAAAGAAGAAGAAGAGUUACAGGUGGAUGAGAUUGAACUUUGACCCCUACAUCGAAACGACCUAUGAGGCCAAGAGGAUGAUUGAAGGAGUGGAGUACGAAAUGCGGGUCUAUGCCGUCAAUGGUAUUGGAAUGUCACGCCACAGUCCUGCCUCACAGCCGUUUGUGCCAGUUGCCCCAACAAGCCAGCCCAUCGGACUGUGCGUCGACGACAUCAGUGACACUUCCAUUACGCUCAAGUGGCGGACCCCAGAAAGGAUCGGCUCAGCUGAACUGGAGGGUUAUGGAGUUGAGUACUGCAAGGAGGGCACGGAUGAGUGGAUACCAGCCAUCCAAGGUUUGACCGACAGGACCUCAGCGAUUAUCCGAGAGCUCACCACAGGAGACAAGUUGCAGUUCCGUGUGCGGGCGUUCAACAUGGCUGGGCCGAGCGCUCCUGCAACCUUAGCUCAACCUGUCACCAUCAGAGAGAUCAUGCAACGCCCCAAAAUUUGGCUUCCCCGAUAUCUCCGUCAGACUCUGAUGAAGAAAGUUGGAGACACUGUCAACCUUGUGAUUCCCUUUCAGGGUAAGCCCAGGCCUAAAGUUGCGUGGAGUAAAGACGGGGAGCCGCUUAACUCCACCUUCGCCAGCGUGAGGAACAGCGAGACAGACACCAUCUUGUUUAUACGCAAGACUGAACGACAACACUCGGGAACGUACGACCUCCAGGUGCAGAUAGAGAACGUGGAGGAUACGGCCAAAGUGAUGCUGCUGGUUGUUGAUGUACCAGGACCCCCUGAGGCCCUGAAGGCCACGGAUGUCUGGGGCUUCAACGUUGCCCUCGACUGGAAGCCUCCCAGAGACGAUGGAAACUGUGAGCUCACUGGCUACCGUAUUCAGAAAGCUGACAAAAAGACCAUGGAGUGGUUCACAGUCUUGGAUCAGUACCGCAGAACCAACUGUGUGGUGUCAGACCUCAUCAUGGGCAACGAGUACGUCUUUCGAGUCUUCGCCAUCAACCUGGUGGGUCACAGUCCAGAACCCUGCGUAACAAAAGACAGCGUCUACAUCCAGAAAACUGGGUUGGAUUACAAGUCUCCCACCUACAAGGACAUCAACUUCUCUGAGGCUCCGAAGUUCACGCAUCCUUUAAUGAACCGUUCAGUCAUCUGCGGCUACAACGCUACCCUCAGCUGCUCUGUCAGAGGCAUUCCCAAGCCUAAAGUGACCUGGUACAAAAACAAGAUGGACAUCACACAUGAGGCCAAAUACAGAAUGCUGAGUAAACAUGGCGUUCUGACUCUGGAGAUCCGAAAGCCUUGUCCUUUUGAUGGCGGGGUGUACAUGUGCAAGGCCAUCAACGACAGCGGGGAGGACGUCGUGGAGUGUAAACUGGAGGUUCGCCCUCAAAUUGCAAAAGAAGAAAAGAAGUAAGCUGGGAGAGUCCAACAUCUCGUCAUGCAUGUUCACCUUCUGUGUGGUGUCCUUAGAAAACUAGUCAACUACAUUGCAAACAUCAUGCACAUUAAAAUUAAUAAAAAUAAUAAUCUGACUGUCA